CCGCUAAGAGGGCGCCUCUCUCCUCGCUCUUCCUCUGAGUGCCACUUCCGAGUUAACUUCCGAAUCAAUUUGCUUCCUCUCUCCGAGGGAGUCCGUUUUCUGCUUCUAAGGAAGCCUUUUCCCAUCAGCCAUGCUGUCUGCAAUUUCCCGGCCCUCUCCUCUGUCUUCCGUCACACACCAUCUUCACAGAGCGAGAAAAAGAUUCUUAGGAAUUCUAAAGGAAUUAAGUGUUACACGCCAUCGCAAUCCUUAUUGAGACUUCAGGUUCAAAACCGAUCCGGUUUCUCCAUCUUAACAAUACAAAGCCUAUACCGUUCCUUUCACCAUAGAGAGGUCAACGGAUAGAGCGACGCUACAUUGCGCCCAUUGAGAAUCCCAGCCCAUGCUCCUGGCCCUUUUCGCAGUUAACCGGAAAUGGUGCCGCUCUAGUCUUCUGUCUCUAUGGGCCAGGGAGAAGAUGGCGGCGAGAUGCCGGCCUUGGCUCCGGCUCCUGUGGGGUCUCCGAGCCUCGCCGCGGUGUACUUUCCACCCUGUUCGGUCCUUAUCCGCAGAGCUCCCAGGCGAUACACGGCGGGAUGGUCCUAGCAAACCUGGGCCUGUAACUUGGAAGACUCUGGCAAUCACCUGUGUGGUUGGUGGAGGAUUGCUAGGAGCAAUGAAAUUCUUUAAGAAAGAAAAAGAAGAAAAGUUGGAGAAGGAGCGGAAACGGACUCUUGGAAAGCCAUUGUUGGGAGGCCCUUUCUCACUUAUUGAUCACCAAGGACAACCCAAGUCAGAUCGUGACUAUUUGGGCCAGUGGGUCUUACUGUAUUUUGGGUUUACGCACUGCCCUGAUAUCUGCCCAGAAGAACUAGAAAAAUUGGUUCUAGUGGUGGAUGAAAUUGAUGGGAUCCGGUCUCUGCCAAACAUCACUCCACUCUUCAUCACCAUUGACCCAGAGAGAGACACUAAAGAAGCCAUUGCCAAAUACGUUAAAGAGUUUUCACCCAAGUUGAUUGGACUGACGGGUACCAAAGACCAGAUUGAUCAAGUGGCUCGAACCUUCCGGGUCUAUUACAGCUCUGGCCCCAAAGAUGAAGAUAAUGAUUACAUAGUAGAUCACACCAUCAUCAUGUACCUUCUUGGACCAGAUGGGGGCUUUGUUGAUUAUUACGGUCAAAACAAGAACAACUCUGAGAUUGCUGCUUCAAUUGCUGGACACAUGAGACAAUAUAAACAGAGCUAAGGGGUGGGAAUUUUCCAGCUAUAAGGCAGGCAAGCUGUUAAUCAGGCAGGCAUACACCAUACUGCUAAAUGUAUCAGGUGAUAUGUCAUGGAGAGCUGACUUUCUGGAUGAAGUGUUGUGCAAGUAACAUGACUUGGCAUCUUCUUCAUGGGACUGAAUUUGCAGCUAAGGCUAUGCCUACAGGCUAAGACUUAUCUGGAUUAAAUAAGAACCCAAAUGUCAUUCAACAAAAUACUUGCUGGGACACUUUUCUUUGAGUGUGCCUUAACCUUGCAUUCAUUUCUUAAAAGCCUUUUGAGACCACAUUGAGGUGGUCUCAGUGAAGGGAUCAGCACUUCUGAAUGUAAGGUCAGAGCCUUGGAAUCUUUCCCCACCUUGCAGUAUGUUUUCUUACCAUCCUGAACAGAUGCAUGUAGAGUGAAGUUCUAAACUCCGCACACUGAUUUCAUGGGACCAGUCUUGUCUGGCAUCUGAACAUUAUUUGGCUAGGACCCACUGCCUCAACAUCACUUCCAAGCUAUCAUUCCCUGCUAGUGAUAGAAACUGUUUUGUGGUUCUUUGAAAUGGCUACUGUAGGGUGGAUCAUGGCUGCUGUGGCACACUAAGUAGUAUGGUAGGACAGUAACUGAAAAUGUUUGAGACAGUAGAAUUAUUGAUCAGUUAAAAUUGUACGCAGUGCACAUAUAAUGAAAUAAAGUGAAAGAAACCUUGA